GUGACAGAGCCACGGAGCGGCGACACGGGGGAGGUGACACGGGGGAGGUGACACCGGGGGAGGUGACACCGGCACCAGAGCCCCCAGGGGCCACCAUGGGCCAGCAGGCAGCGACCCCCGCCCCGCUGAGCCACGUCCCGCCCGGAGCAGAGGACCGCUCCGCUCAGGCCACCGUGCUCGCGUGGCUCCAGUACCGCCAGUCCUGCGAGCUGCACCUGCUGCUGGCCCCGCCCUCCCCAGGACCCGUCUGCAACCGCAGCUUCGACCUCUACGCGUGCUGGGGGGACGCUGUCCCCAACAGCACCGCCACUGUCCCCUGCCCCUGGUACCUGCCCUGGUACCACCGAGUGCAGGGCGGGGUGGUGGCGCGGCGCUGCGGCCCCGACGGGCGCUGGGUGACAGAUGACACCGGCAGGACCUGGCAGGACAAUUCCCAGUGCGAGGACCUGGCGCAGGUGCAGCCGCUGCAGCGCCAGGCGUGGCUGCUGGAGCAGUUCCGUCUCCUCUACACCGUGGGAUAUUCGCUGUCCCUUGUCGCGCUGGUGGUGGCGCUGCUGCUGCUGCUGCUGCUCAGGCGCCUGCGCUGCACGCGGAACCUGAUCCACGCCAACCUCUUCGUGUCCUUCGCGCUCCGGGCCGGCGCCAUCCUCACGCGUGACGCGCUGCUGCCACACGGCCACCGCCACGGCCACCCCCUGCAGCUGCUGGGCAUGCAGGCGGGCCCCGCGUGUCGCGUGGCGCAGAGCCUGGCCCAGUACUGCGUGGGCGCCAAUUACGCGUGGGCCAUGGGCGAGGGGCUCUUCCUGCUGCGCCUCCUGCUCGCCACCUCCGGCCGCCGCUGCCUGCCCGCCUUCCUCCUCCUCGGAUGGGGUGUCCCCGUGCUCUUCGUUGUCCCCUGGGUCCUCCUGCGGUACCUGUACGAGAACGAGGGGUGCUGGGAACGCAACGAGAAGGUGGCGGUGUGGUGGCUGAUCCGCUGUCCCAUCCUGGUGGCCGUCGCGGUGAACUUCGUGGUGUUCGUGCGCAUCGUGCGGAUCCUGGUGGCCAAAGUGCGCGCGCGCCAGGUGUCCCGCGGGGACACGCGGCUCAGGCUGGCGCGCUCCACGCUGACGCUGAUCCCGCUGCUGGGAGUGCACGAGGUGAUUUUCGCCCUGGCCGGGGAGGGCGAAGGCGGCGGCGGCCUGAGGCUGGCCCGGCUCUGCCUUCACCUGCUGCUCACCUCGCUGCAGGGUCUGGUGGUCAGCGUCCUGUACUGCUUCACCAACAAGGAGGUGCAGGCUGAGAUCCGCCGGGGGUGGCAGCGCUGCCGUCUGGGGGUCCCCGGCCCCGCCAGGGCCCCCCCGAGGGGUCGCUCCCGGCCGGGGCAGCGCCCGGUGGUCGAGAGCGGCUGCUGAAGGGGCGGGGGGCACC